AUGAAGUCGUUUAUCCAUGAGUAUCAUGAAACUGGACGCUUGUUUGAUCAUGCUAUAUUGAUAAUAUUCCUACCAGGCGUAUAUUUGUCUUGUUCACGAAAUCAAUCAUUAUUCGCUGCAAUGAUCCAGGGAGCACAAAAUUCCAAAGUUGUUAUUUUGACUGUGCACGAUUUGGGAUGCAACCAAAACGAAAUGAUCGAUUUUGUCUCUCAGGAUUGUAUGGAACAGCUGGCUGCAAAAUGUAGCUGGGUUCAUGUCUUGAUUCCCGGACAGGGCGAUGGUGAUCGUGAUCUUCCUCCAAACUACAAUUUUCCAACCAUGCAACAGCUUGGUGAGGCGAUGGGUGAAGUCUGUGAUGCAAUGGGUCUAAAGCAGGUUGUUCUCUUUGGCGAAGGUGCUGGGGCUAACAUUCUCGCAAGGUUAGCGAUGCUCAGAGAAGACUUGGUUCUUGGGGCCGUUCUGAUACAUUGUACGGGAACGGCCGCUGGAUUUGCGGAAACUAUUCGGGAUAAACUGAUCGGGUGGAAACUGAAUUCAAUCGGGAUGAAUCCAGCUGCAGAGUCCUAUAUGCUGUUGCAUCGUUUUGGAUCAAUUGGGGACGCUACAGACGAAAUGGAAAUGAGGCAUGCGUUGGACAGGUUCAGACAUUCGCUCCGUGAGGCAAUUAAUCCAAGAAAUUUGAACAAAUUUAUCAUGUCGUUCAUGGCACGUACCAAGAUAAUCGAGAAAGUCGACUUGCUGAGAUGUCCAGUUCUGCUGAUUACUGGUUCUUUGGGUGCCCACAAGCCUUCCGUCCAGCGUUUUUACAAUGCUCUUCUACAGUCCGCCCGCACUGACCCCGAUCGCCUGAAGCAUAUCGAACUUGUUCAACUUGACGAUGUCGGGAAUGUCUUGAGAGGAGCACCGGACAAAGUUUCUGACUGUUUACAAUACUUCAUCCAAGGUCUUGGUUUAGCCAGCGGAAUCGUCAAUCGACGAAUGAGCAGCACCGUUCGCCCAUUUCUUCGUGGCCGCUCACUCUCUAUGGAAGAAUAUGACCAACCAAAGGGUGUAUCCUCAUGCGUUUUUGAUAAAAACAGGAAGUACAGCACAGCAGUGCCCGAGGGCGACGAACUAGAGGAAUAUCGCGCGUAGAGUUAGUAGACCCCAAAGCUUCCAGCUUGAUUUGUUGUUAGAUGUUUCACAAACUUCGCGCCCUUUUGCACUCAGGCACCAAUAACGCAUUCACCAUAGCGCACUUGUGUAUCAGUCAAUCCCAUACGCACCUUUCCAUGUACCGACACUGCAACAAAGGGUGUCUUCUCAUCUCCAAUGCUUAGUGAACACUGUAGCUGGUUCCAACUUUGUCUGUUUCGUGUCAUUCUUGUCUACAAUCCAAGAAAACUGUUGGAAAAUGCAACUUCCAGCUUGUUACGAUUCUACAUGUCGAUUCAUGUGCCGUUGAGCGGCGCAGCUUGUAGUAACAAGGGACCCACUGUUGUAUUUGAGGCUGCAUUCAACAUCAGUUCAUCGCCAGUUUGUGUUCCUUGGCACAUGUGGAUUUUUCUAUCGGGCGCAGAAUUGUCACUCGCUGUUCUAACUAAUCGGUUGAAUGCAUCCACACAGUACAGUUAAUAAACAACUUACCCACAUUGCCUCUACUUAUUCCGCUCCCUGGUGUGACAGCCUAAAUGUUUGUUAUG